UCUACAUCGAGUUAAUACAUUCUGUAACUAGUGUGAUAAAUAGUGUUACUGGUGGAUAUGGUGACGGUUCCUGUAACAAAGUCUAAAGGUGUUUCCAUACAGUCUUCAACUAACGAAGACAUUUCUGAUACUAUUCUCAAACCCUUUCAACCCAUUGAGAGAUUGGAGGAAUUGGGGAUAAAUGUAACGGACAUAAAUAAGUUAAAAGCUGCUGGGAUAUGUACAGUAUUGGGAGUAAUUCAAACUACAAAGAAAGAUUUAUGUAACAUCAAAGGCUUAACCGAAUUGAAAGUUGAUAAAAUUUCAGAUUGCGCUUCGAAAUUAGAAGUUACGAACUCUUUCAUUUCAGCUUCUGAACUCUAUAAAAUAAGAAAAUCUAUUCUCAAAAUUAAUACAGGGAGUGAGAUGUUGAAUAGAUUAUUGAAUGGUGGGAUAGAGACGAUGUCGAUAACUGAAUUAUUUGGUGAAAAUCGUACUGGUAAAACACAAAUCUGCCAUACCAUUUCCGUUACUUCACAAAUCAUCAAUCCUACCGAACCAUUCAAAGUAUGUUAUAUUGAUACUGAGAAUACAUUUCGUCCUGAGAAGAUAGAGAAGAUUUGUGAGAGGUUUGAUUUGGACCCAAUGAUUACUCUUGAUAACAUUUUAUACUCUAAGGCUUAUACUAAUGAGCAUUUACUGCAAUUAAUCAGCAACAUUACUUCCAAAAUGGUAGAGGAACGAUUUGUAUUGCUGAUAAUUGACUCUAUAAUGUCACUAUUUCGUGUUGAUUAUUCUGGCAGGGGUGAACUUGCUGAACGACAGCAACGACUUAAUAAAUUACUAUCAAAUUUAUUAAAAAUUGCUCAACAAUUUAACGUUGCUAUUGUUUUAACUAAUCAUGUAAUUUCUGAACCUUCUGGUGCUUUGUCUUUCAUAUCCAAUCCUAUCAAACCAGCUGGUGGGAAUGUCAUUGGUCAUGCCUCCACAUGUAGACUAUCGUUAAGAAAAGGUAAAGGUAAUCAAAGAAUUUGUAAAGUUUAUGAUUCACCAAAUCUACCAGAAUCCGAAUGCAUUUUCGAAUUAUCAGAUUCAGGAAUUAUCGAUGUUACUGAAUAAUGUAUUUAUUGUGAAUUAUACUUUAAUACUAAUUCAUCUAAAACAUUAUUAAUUUUAUUAAAUAUUGUUAAA